AUGAAGAUCGCAGUCUUGACACUUGCCCUGCUCGUGUCCACGGCGCAUGCACUCCCGCUUUCGUAUCGCGUCAAACGUGGCAGGUCCGUCGAAUCGUCUGACAAGUUCAGAUGAAGUUCGAACGUUGUUACUGACGAACCAAACGGCUUGGAACUCUUACGUUUUCAGUUUUCCGGGGGAAGGCGGCGCUGGUACCAUGGCAAGGUCCGAAACACCAGCUUCGCCCAAACCUGCUGAACCCUUGCAAGCGGGAUCAGCGCCGCCGCCGCCGAAUAUUGCGAAAGCGCCCUCGAUGCCACCUAAGGCCGAACCCAAAGCCGCUCCCCAACAGUCUACGAAUCUCAAGCAAAGCGCUUCGACUCCCAACAUUGGUCCCUCGACUCCCGGCUUCGGAGCUUCUUCUCAAGUCAAAAGUGGUGGUAGCGUCGGCGGAGCGGUUGCUGCGCAAAAGCAAAAUCCAGGCUCGUUUCCUUCGACAUCGUCCAGCAAGGGUGCGCAAGCGUCGUCGGGCAUGAACUUUGCAGGCUUGUCACAGGUUCAUCCGUCACCUCCAGCUAAUACGCCACCCAAGGUAACGACACCCAAGUCGAGCGAGCCUGUAGUACCCCCCAAGGUCGUAACCCCACCCCAGAUCGUGAACCCCGUGGCUGGCAAGCCCCCCGCCGCACAUCCGGAUCAAAACUCGGAGACCAACACUCUUCUGGGCACGCCACACACUUCCGGUGCACAUAUCGCUACAGCUCAAACUCCAAAGAAGGAUGCUGGUAAAUCCGGACCAUCUGUCGCGGGGUCAAAGAACCCUACCGAGGGAGGAAACAAGGGCUCGACGCUCGACGCAGGUUGGCCUGGAGGAAACAAGGCAAAGUCAUCCACUUCGAAUAGCUUCGAUAAUUCAGAAGAGGGCGGUGGCAUAUUACGUGGUUCGGGGAAGGGCAUCAAGGAAAAAUCGGGCCACACCAAGGCGAAGGAAGUACCGACCACCGGCCAGCCUAUCGGCACAUCGAAGGGCUCGAAUGACGAAGAAGCGAACCGGGGUAAGAGCAGCGACAAGGGCUCGGUACAUCCGGGCUCGACCAACAUGACCAAUCCUUCGACGGAUGGGAAGAAGGGCAUUCACUCGAGCAAGUCUUCGGACGACGGAUCUCCCGAUCUUCCGUCAGGUAGGGGUGUCCCAUCACUCAAACAUGCAGGCAAGUUGCCCAAGGAUGCAAGCCCAAAACCGACCAACACUACCGACGACGGCUCGGGCUCGGACUCAGACGCCGACAAGGACAAGUCCACCGGCGACGGUGCGGACACCGACAAAGACAAGUCUGCCAAUCCCAGUAGUCCGGAUGACUCUACCCCGGAUGAGUCUCCUCGGGACAACUCAACCUCACCAGGCACACCGGCCACCUCAACGCCCGAUACCGACACCACCCCCGACUCUGAUUCGGGUACUCCUACAUCGGAUAGAUCUGGGGACGAGUCGAGCCUUCCUUCAGGCGAUGAGGAGACACCCAGUAGCACCUCGGGCUCUCCGCUCGGUCUCAACGGUCUCGGCAGCGGCAGCGGCAGCGGGACCACUCCCGAUCUUUCAAGCUCGACUCCGGAUACUACCAGCCUGGGAUCGACGCCGGACACGGCAUCGAACGAUUUGCCAGAUUCGGGAUUAUCGAACACUGGGGCGGAUGGUCUGGGUUCCAGUUCAAUCCCCGACGCCGCUUCCUCGGACUCGUCGCUUCCUAAUUCAAGCUCUUUGCCGGAUCCGAGUUCGCUCAGCGAGACGCCAAACACCGACGAGAGCUCGCUUCCUGGUAUGAACGAUACGAGUGAUGCGGGUCCUUUGCCAGACCUCGCGGGGGAUGACAACUCGACGUUGCCGGACGCUACCGACAUUAUGGACAAUUCCACUACCGCCGCGCCGGAUGACACGGCGAACGACACCACGGAUGAUAGCUCGGAUAGCACUUGCGACCUCUUUUGUACCUUCUGGAAAGAGUGAGUUUGACUAGAAUUGCUCGCGACCUGCAUCAGUGCUAAGCGUUUUCAACUGAUUUUGAUCCAACAGUAAAAGCGGAUGCACCAAGACGUGCAAAGCAAUGCUUCAAGGGCUAAAGGAAGCGCAAAACUCGACCGACACCGAGUCGUCUUCGAGUCUCGAUGGCGCUGACGAUACCCCCAUGCCAAGUGGUUUAGGGGACCUGCCUUCCGACAAUAGUACCUCCAUCGGCAAUAGUUCAUCUGAGGGUCUGAAGGAUAUCUCUGAUACCGAUAACUCCUCCGGAGCGGGCAAAGAUACCAGUGCGUCCGACCUCGGCAAACUUCCUGACGUCGACAACAGCACCGACCCGAGCGGUUUGGACGGCACGAACAGUACCCAUCUUAUGGGAACGCCGGAUUCAUUGAACUCGACCGACGCUCUCACUGAUACUCCGAAUGGCAUGGGGGCCGCUGUCGACAGCUCUGGGGAUAGUUGCGACCUUCUUUGUGGAUUUUGGCAAGAGUGAGUCCCGAGACAUUGCUCUCUGAUGACUCGAUCCGGGGCGGGAAUUGACCAGUCUUCUUCUCCUGGGAUGAUGUGUGAACAGCAAAUCCGGGUGCCUCAAGACUUGUCAAGCGAUGACAGCGGGAUUGAAAAAGGCCAAAGAUGAGAAGACCUCGGGUGACGAUAGCGGCGACGAUCCUUCAGACCUGUCCGACCCGAGUGGGCUAGGAGACUCGAGCCCGACCGACGAUCAGGAUCCGUCGGGUGAUAGUUCGGAUGACCCGAGCACCGCCGAUGAUUUGACGGACAAGGGUGCGCCGGAUGAUGGACUAGGUGACAACACCGAUGACACCAAGGACAGCAUGAGUGAUGUCACGAAAGACUCUGAAAAUGGGAAGGGGAAGAAGAAGGGUAAGAAAGGGAAGAAGGGGAAGAAGGGGAAGAAGGCUAAGAAAGCUGGAGAGCAGGAUGGGGCUGAAGGAGCUCCAGAGUCAGACUCGUAUUGGUGAGCCAGGGUCACCGCAUUUCUUCGGUACUAUCUGCUGCGGAUGGACUGACACAGUACGCCGCGAACGCAGAUCAAUCCCUCCGGUGGCCGAAGUGAAUCGUGA